AUGUCCGGCCCUAUCGACUCGAACCGCGAGCUCCUCUCCCAGCUCAAGCAAGAUGAGAGCAACACAUACCACUCCUCCGACCCACCAGCCACGAAAGAGCAUAUUGCCGGCGCCGAGGGCAAGCUCUCCUCCGCCAUGGCUCAGGCCGAAGGCUCCUCCGAUCUCAACACCGGUGCUCAGCGCCUCGCGCGCGAAGUCCCCAAAGCUGGCGGCGAAGUCGAUCGUGACGCCGUCCAAGAGUCACUCCAUGCGCGUGCGCAAGAGGCGAUUGAGAAGCAGACGGGAGGUGAUCCCAUGCCGAAGGGCAAGGGCAGCUCGGAGAUGAACAUGGAGAAGGGGAGCGAGGCAGCGCGGCUACAGAGCGCGGCGGAGCAGUAUGAUCAGGCAAGAGAAGCGAGGAUAGACGGAGGCGAGAGCAAGUACUAA